AUCAAUAUUAAGUGUCUCUUCUUCUCUCCAAACAACUGAAAAGAAGAAAAAAUGGCUCAAGAAAAUGUGAAAAGGUCACCUUCUCAAAUAAAAUAUGGCAUGAUUCAAAUUACCAUAAGGUUAUUGGCUAUAUUAUUGUUUCUGGGUUUGGUUUUCCUUUUCAUUAUGAUGCCUACAACAACUUACAAACAAAAAUGGAUUCCUAAAGUUCAAGCAAAGACAAAUAAUUCCACCUAUUUUGGUGCACAAGGUUUAAAGUUUAUUCUGUAUGCUUUACCAGUCUUUUUAAUAGCUACUUUGGGAUGUGUCUAUCUUCACAUAGCCAAAAAAUCAUAUGAGUGCAACAAUAUAGACAUUGGCAAUGGAAAGAACCGUGAGACAACUAUAUGGAAUCGUCCAAUCCUUGUAAAAGGUCCACUUGGAAUUGUUUCUAGCACAGAGAUUGCAUUUUUGCUUAUGUUCAUUGGACUUCUUGUUUGGUCCUUAGCAACUUGGUUACACAAUGACUUUGCAAAUAUCACAUCAGAACCACCUGAGGAUGGCCAAAAAGUGUGGCAAGAGAAAUUGGAAAGUGCGGGAUUAAGGUUAGGGCUUGUUGGGAACAUAUGUUUGACGUUGUUGUUUUUUCCUGUGACUCGUGGUUCAUCCGUGCUACCAUUGUUUGGGCUCACUUCUGAAAGUUCCAUAAAAUACCAUAUUUGGAUUGGACACGUGCUCAUGACAAUUUUUACUUCUCAUGGAAUUUGUUACAUCAUCUAUUGGGCAUCUACUAAUCAAAUUUCUGAGAUGCUAAAAUGGGAGAAAGUUGGAAUAUCAAAUGUAGCUGGAGAGAUAUCUUUGCUUGCUGGUUUGUUCCUAUGGGUUGCAACCAUUCCUAAAAUUAGGAGAAAAUUCUUUGAGCUUUUUUUCUACACUCAUAAUCUCUACAUCAUUUUCAUGAUCUUCUUCAUCUUUCAUGUUGGCAUUUCCUAUGCCUUCUAUAUGCUCCCCGGUUUCUACCUCUUCUUGGUUGACCGUUACCUACGGUUUUUGCAAUCUAGACGAGAAGUUCGUUUGGUUUCAUCUCGUGUUUUGCCGUGCGAAACCGUAGAACUCAACUUCGCCAAGGGACAUGGGUUGAGUUAUAAUCCCACAAGUGUGAUGUUCAUAAAUGUACCAAGCAUAUCAAAAUUACAAUGGCAUCCAUUUACCAUUACAUCUAAUAGUAAAUUGGAGCCAGAAAAGCUAAGUGUUGUCAUCAAAAGUGAAGGACCUUGGACACAAAAGCUCUAUCAGAUACUUUCAAAUCCUGCACCAAUCGAUCGCCUUGCUAUAUCCAUUGAAGGUCCUUAUGGACCUGCUUCAACCAAUUACCUAAGGCAUGACACACUUGUGAUGGUGAGUGGAGGAAGUGGUAUCACACCAUUUAUCUCAAUCAUUAGAGAGCUAAUAUAUCUUAGCACCACAUUUAAAUGCAAAACACCAAACAUUGUCUUAAUUUGUUCAUUCAAGAGUACUUCAUAUCUAUCAAUGCUAGAUUUGAUCCUACCAAUUACUGGCACACCAUCUGAUAUUUCUAAUCUUCAAAUACAAAUUGAGGCAUACAUCACAAGAGACAAAGAGUUUAAAUCUGAUAUUCCAAUUCAUCCUCAAACUUUAUGGUUUAAGCCAAAUCCAACAGAUGCACCAAUACAUGCUAUGUUAGGUCCAAACUCUUGGCUUUGGCUUGGUGCUAUAAUCUCAUCAUCGUUCAUCAUCUUCCUUAUCAUAAUCGGGAUCAUUACUCGUUACUACAUUUUCCCUAUCGAUCAUAACACGAAUAGAAUAUUCGCGUAUCCGUUAAGGUCGUUCCUUAACAUGCUAGUAAUAUGUGUGUCAAUAGCUGUUGUUGCUAGUGUAGCAGUCCUUUUGAACAAGAAACAAAAUGCCAAAGAAGCAAAACAGAUUCAGAACUUGGAAGGGUCAUCACCAACAGUAUCACCAAAUUCAACGAUUUACAAUGCAGAUAGAGAAUUGGAAAGUCUUCCAUCUCAGUCUCUUGUUGAAGCUACCAAUGUGCAUUAUGGAACUAGACCUGACUUGAGAAGACUUCUAUUUGAAAUCAAAGGGUCAAGUGUGGGAGUUCUUGUUUCAGGACCUAAAAAUAUGAGGCAGGAGGUUGCUGCCAUUUGCUCAUCUGGUUUAGUUGAAAAUCUGCAUUUUGAGUCUAUAAGUUUUACCUGGUGAUUUUACUCUUUCUAAUUCAAAGGAUACAAAUCAUUCACGAUCAAUCAAUCU